AUGUCGCUGCAGUUCCUGGGUCAAAAGUCUUGGCAUCCGGCCAAUAAGGCCAACCAGAAGCGCAUCUGGGUGGCUGAGCAGCAGGCCAAGGCGAGAGAAGAGCGUGAGCGGCAGAAGGCGAAGGAAGUGCGCAAGGCAGCUGAAGCGCUACAGGCUCAGCAGGCUGCCGCUGCCUCUGGAGACGUCGUUGCUGCUCGUCAUGUGGCCAGUGCACAAGUGAAUUUCCUAUACGCGGCACCUCCAGGACUUCCAGAGGCCAAAGAAGCGGUGGAUAGGAAACAACAGACAGAAGAUGACGAGGCAGUUCGGGAAUUUCGACGCAGAGCCGAGAGACGAGGAGACUCGCAACGCUCCAAGCUCGAGCGAUACGUGGGCCGAAGAGCUGAGGAGACGCUAACAAUUAAAGACCAGGUCGAACGGUUCCCCAUACUGAAGGACGCUCCAGUGGAGGGCAAAUACACUGAAACUAUUAAGGUUAACUUCAACCCCUUGGGACUCAGACUACGCAACGUACGCUGCAUCCGAUGUGGAGAAUGGGGACAUCAAAGCGGGGACAGAGAGUGCAAACUAAGAGACCAGAAUCCAAAUGAUGCUACGAGGCAGAAGUGGGAAGACCCAGUGACGGAGAUCAACAAGCUUAAGCUGGCCAAACAGAAUCUCGUACUGAGGAGAGGCGCCUUGCCGUUAGAGAUGCAGGAGGCAACUUCACAAGAGUUUGAGAUUUUGCAGUCAGAUGACGAGGAUGUAGAAGCCGCUGAAGACGCAAUUUUGGCCACGUUGUCUAUGAGGCAGAAGAAGAAGUUAUUGAAGAAGCUGAAGAAACAGUCGCGAUGCUAUAGCCGCAGUGAUAGUGAAGCUGACUCUGAUGCGUCUUCCCAUCGUCACCGCUCGAAGAAGUCGAGCAAGAUCACAAGUAAACGAAAGCGCAAACACACGCAUCGAUUAAGAGGUCGAUCUGAAGAUGGCAAAGAGCGCAGAAAGGAGCGAAAGAGACCGCGACGAAGAUCGCGCUCAGAGUCUUAA